AUGAGUUCGCCCAGCGGUGAACCAGACGAUCAGAACCAACCGGUGCAGGAUGACAGUUUAAAUGUGGCUAGUUUAGAUCGUAGGAAGUUUAGACCUGGACAGCUUAUCUUUUGCAACUACAAUGAAGUAAUGUACGAGGCACGUAUCAUCAGUAUUGAUGCAUCUGCAAAAGAUGGGCCAAUGCUCUUCCUUGUCCACUACGUUGGCUGGAACAAAAAGUGGGACGAAUGGGUGACCGAACAAGUAAUAGCGCCUUACAGCAGUGCAAUCAAAGUGCCAGUUAAAAGAAAGUCAGAACCAGAGAACAAUAGCGAUUCAGAUGAAAUGGAAGAGGAGGAGGAGGACACCAGCGUGCAACCGUCUUCUACUGAGGUUCGUUUACCUCCCUCUGUUUUAGAAGCUCAUCUGGCCGACGACCAGGUGCACUUUAAGAAGGAGAAGAAGCUGAAAGUGCCCGUGGCCGAGGGCCUGGUCACCAUUGACGCUCUGCUUGAGGACUAUGCGGAAGCUAGGCGGGUCAACCCACCGCCCGGUUGGAGUCCUUGGUCGGGCAUUUUGGUGGCAAAUCAAACCCGACUCCUAUUCAACGGCUUCUGUCAUCGCCUCUGCCUGACUGAUGUUGAGAUGCUGCAAACUUACAUGACGCUCGAACGUCACAAAAGCGCCGUUGCCACUGGUGAGGUGCCAAAGAGCAGUAAGGUGGAAGGUUGUGAUCAACUGCUCGCCCAGUAUGACAUUACCCCGUAUCAUCCGGUGCACCACUUAGUCCGCCUCAUGAUGGUAGCGCCAACGAUCUUCAUGCAGCAGCUGGAAACAAUAGAUUGCGUUGCUGCGAGCAUGUGCACCGUCUUUUGGACAGACUUGGCUGAGUACAUCAACGAGCGCAUCGACGACGCCCUGCUUGAUGAUCGGUACUACGUGCCAAUCACAAAGGAAGACAUUGACUUCAUACCAGAUCAGAGUUCAGAUAACGUCAGUUGCGAGCUUUACUUUAGUAAACUGGCCAUUUGCAAGCAAAAGGUCGACGGAGAACGGGAGACAUUGCAGGCGACGCAACAGGCGGCUGAGUAG